AGGUUGUCGUUUGACUUUCGCAAAACAAAAUGGCCGGCGCUCGCAGAAAGGUGUGUCGCGGAUUCUAGCGAGAUUACUUCGGCUAUUGUACCUUUGAACUGCAGUGUAUAAUAAAUACGGUGUUGAUUACUGCGGCGCAGCCGGGCGUCGCGUGUGCCCGCCGCGUGGCCUCGGGGCUUUGCCCUACGCGACUCGACGCGCGCGUUCGGAGCCCUCGCUCCACCCGGUUCGUUAACGUUACGCUAGAGGAUGUCGUCUCGGCGCAACGGGUCGGUGUCGCGGGCCGUGGAGACCGCCUCCAAAAACCGCCUGCACAUGGACAGGAAUCCGCAACAUUCGCGGAUAACUGAUCCAUCGAAUCCGGCGGGACGCCGUAAAGAAAUAGACAAUGUGAUGAAACGAGCGCGGCAGGCGUCCCCUGGAAGCUGGGACCGAAAACUGCUUGAGGUUGAGGAGAAAGACCCUAAUAGAUGGAGGCACACGGGCUAUAAACAGAUGUAUCUCGCUGGCUCGCGUUCUGUCUCGCCCCGCCGCUCACGUUCGCCUCUUCCAGCUCUUAGAUCCAGGUCUCCGAUCGGUAGACGGUCUCGUUCGCCGAUGACGCGGCGUUCUCGCUCGCCGAUCGGUCGCCGGUCGCGGUCGCCCAUCACCCGCCGCUCGCGGUCACCUAUGCGCCGCUCACCUAGAACUUCAAGAUCUAGAUCUCAGCGCAGGAGUCCAAGGAGGAGUCCGCGGCGAAGUCCGAUUAGACGCAGCCCGGUGGGAGGUGGAGCGGCGCGGCGCCGCAGCCCGCGCGUGCGCUCGCCGCCGCGCGCCCGCCCGCCGCCGCGCGCGCCCCCGCGCCCGCAGCGACCGCCCUCGCCGCCUGAUCCUAGAAAGUCAUCUCCUUCUGGAUCUUCUGUAAGCAGCUGCUCAGAUGAGUCGUGUUCGGUGUGCUCCGCAAAGAACAAGAAAGUACCGCCGCCGAAACCCCCGCCUGGUAAACCGAGGAUGGGUUCAACAUCACCGAGUCGAGCUCGCUCAGGUGUGGCUAGAGCUGUUCAGCCUACCAGGGAGUUGCUGAAGGCACGGGAAAGCAGCAAGCGUACCAGAGAGGAGAAGGUACUGGAGUGGCAGCGUUCGCAGAUGGCUGCUCGGCCAGGGGCGCCGCCCGCCGCGCCGGGACCGGCGCCUCCGCACAUCAAGCGCGAGGGCGAGCGCCGGCCGCCGCCGCCGCCACCGCCCGGCGCUGCUAGCGUAGGGGGCGCGCCCGGUGCCGCCGCCGGCGCUACGACCACGCGUCGUCGCUCGCGUGCCGUAUCACCCGCUGCCAUCGCUGCUGCUCUCAAUGACAGUUCAUCUUCUUCGUCAUCGGAUGCGAGUUCUGAGGCUGCGCCGGCCCGGCUUACGCUGUCAGAGCGGUUUGGUAAAAUGGCGCAAUGGUCCGCAGACCGUUCGGCGCGACUGGAGAACAUGCGUAUCACACGCCGAGAGACCACUUUACAUGUUCGCAUCGAGCCUUCUAUUGAGGCACCUUCGCGGGAGCCUUACCCGGGCUUAGAGCCCACAUCUGCUGCGCCUCCGGGCAGCUACCCAGAGGAAUUACUGGCGGUGGCACCGGUCGGCUUACCCUCCUGGGACGACGUGCGUGUGCGUUAUGAUUACUACAAGAAGCGUGGCUAUUUACGAGGACUCACAUUGGGUGAUUAUGUCAAAUGGGAGGAGUGGUGGUACAAGUACCAAGAGUGGCUGAAGCAUGAGCGCGCAUAUGAACGAUGGGCCGAAGGGGAAACGGGCGCGACACGGCGCGAGCGACGGCGUCGCGGUGGUCGCCAUAAAAAAAGCUGAGGACGCGCCGCCCCCGCCGCCGUAUUAGCCGUGGACCUGGCCGCGGGGGCCUCGCGCGUUUAAGCGUGCGAGCACUACACCACGCACGUCGCACACAGCCGCAGCGUGAUGUGCGACAGCGUGCCAGUGUGAUUGUGCCACAGACUUUAUUCGCGUUAUAUGUAUAAUUGCACUCAUCGCCAUGUAUACACGCGCAAGUGUAAUCUCUGUAUUUAUUGACGCGCAGGAUGACGUCGCAGCAGUGGCUUUAUUGAAAUACUCUCACGUCGCUCGAAUCAGAUCUGUUAUAGUAAUUAUUAAAGUCACGACGUUAUCGAGACGCGAUGAAAGAUCAAAAUGAAAAGAUUUCGUGACGUAAUAAGUUUUUAUUAUUAGAUAGGUGUAGAAUAAAUAAAAUGAUAUACAGAAUUUUAGCCUUGCAAUAUAAUAAUUGUGUGAUUCUCACGUCAUGAGUCGAGCUUAGAGCGCUUGUUGAGAGUGAUCUAGAUAACUUCGUACUACAUGUACCGCGCGUACGCAUAUUACAAAAGUGUACAUAUAAGAAAACGUUACUGCUGCGUCUCUUUUAAUGUUAAGUUCGUGUAGGUACGCACAUUGUGCGAUUAUUUUUUACGAGAAUCGUAUAUUAUAACUAAUCGUGUUUAGAUAUUAAUGUCAUAAAUAUGUAUAAAAUAAUAAACAAAUCAUUGACAA